UACUUCCGGUGCGCGCCUCGACAUCCGGCAACAGGUUUGAAAACUUCAUUCGCCGGAGUUGAUGCCCGUUUGCACAGCUCGUGCCUCUUUCUCGGCACAGUUAAAUGCGCUGGCUGUGAUGUCUCCUGACGUGCGAUAACCGACUACGUAUUCACUACGAGCGUCCAACUUGUACCGGAAAGGGAAACGACCGUGGGAGUGGUGUGAAACCGCCGGUUAGGCCUAGCCGCAGCUGCCGGGCAGUCGACAUGGGUUGUGCCGUGAGUACCGCCGCCGACAAGGAGGCUGCCGAGCGUUCCAAAAAGAUCGACAGAGACCUUCGAGCCGAUGGCGAAAGACAAGCGAGGGAAGUCAAGCUCCUGCUGCUGGGUGCUGGGGAGUCCGGAAAGAGCACCAUUGUCAAACAGAUGAAGAUAAUCCACGAGUCUGGCUACACGGCAGACGAAUGCAAGCUCUACCGGCCCGUGGUGCACAGCAACACCAUCCAGAGCCUGCUGGCCAUCAUCCGUGCCAUGGGACAGCUCAAGAUUGACUUCAAGGACCCCAGUCGAGCGGAUGACGCCCGCCAGUUCUUCACGGUGGCAGGAGCGACGUCGUCACAAGAGUGUGAGAUCACACCGGAGCUGGCCUCCCUGAUGAAGCGCCUCUGGCAGGACCCAGGGGUCCAGCACUGCUUUGCCCGCUCACGGGAGUACCAGCUAAACGACUCAGCCUCAUACUACCUGAAUGCAUUGGACCGCAUCUCACAGCCAAGCUACACACCAACACAGCAGGACGUGCUACGAACGAGGGUCAAGACAACGGGCAUUGUCGAGACACAUUUUGUCUUCAAGGAGUUGCACUUCAAGAUGUUUGAUGUAGGAGGCCAGCGGUCUGAACGCAAGAAGUGGAUCCACUGCUUUGAAGGAGUGACUGCCAUCAUCUUCUGUGUGGCCCUGAGCGGCUACGACCUCGUACUGGCUGAGGACGAGGAAAUGAACCGGAUGAUUGAGAGCAUGAAGCUGUUUGACUCCAUCUGCAACAACAAGUGGUUUGUGGAGACGUCCAUCAUCCUCUUCCUCAACAAGAAGGACCUCUUCGAGGAGAAGAUCACCCGGUCACCACUCACCAUCUGCUUUCCAGAGUACACAGGCAGCAACACGUACGAAGAAGCGGCCGCCUACAUACAAAUGAAGUUUGAGUCACUGAACAAGCGCCGGGACACCAAGGAGAUCUACACACACUUCACGUGUGCUACCGACACCAACAAUAUCCAGUUUGUGUUUGACGCUGUGACUGACGUCAUCAUCAAGAACAAUCUGAAGGACUGUGGUCUCUUCUGAAUGCAAAAGGCAACGUGUCGAUGGCCCCUCCUCUUGACAGCAGGAUCACUGUCUGUUACCGUUGCCAAAGCCACUUGCAUAGUGGUGUCAGAUGAAACUGGAUGGUGACCUGCUGCCGUCUUAUGCACCAGGUGUUCCUGUGGAAGGGAAGCAAGUGGACUGCCAAAGAAGAGGGCAGGGAUGCUCCGUGGCAUGUGGUUCGAGUCGAGGCGUGAAUUUAUUCCCGUGCAAUGCUGUCGCUUGCAUGAAUUGCAUUUCUUUUAUAUAUUUUAUGCCUUGUGUUCAGCAGUCACAGCCGCAACACUUAUCUUCUUUCUAGCCCCCCCCACUUAUUUUU